AUGAACUAUAGUGAUAAUAAAGACGUAAAAUCUUCAUCAGAUAUUAAAAAAUAUGUUAAUUCUCCUUCAAUAACAAAUAAACAAGAACAUAAUCAAAUGAAAAUAAUAAAUAGUAUAAAUGAAAAAUCGAUAGAAAUAAAAGAGACAAGUAUUCAUCGUUCAUGUCUAAAACAUCGAUCAAAUCAACAAUCAAAUAUAUCAACAGAAAAUGUUGAAACUCAUCGAUUAUCAUCUGGUCGAGUAUCAUUUGCACAAACUCCAUUAAAUGAUGGAAAAAUACUUGUUAAAAGUCAAUCACAAAAUGAUUUUGUUGAAAAAAAACGUCGAUCAGCUAUAUUUGCUAAAAAAGCUAAAGAACUUCAAUUAGCUGAAUUAACUUAUUUUAAAGAUCAUGCUCGUGAUAAAGAACCAAUUGAUGAAUAA